CCCGUCCUCCUUCCCCUUCCAUCUUUCUUCUUUUGUCCUCUCUGUCGACUCUUCCUUUCCCCAAUAUCUCCCUUCGCUCACCCUCUCUGUCUCCUCUCCCUUUCCAGAAGUAGAAACCCACACGUACAUAAAACCACCUCUCCUUCCCUUCCAAGAUGUCCGAAAUCAUCCACAAGAUGAAGGAGAAAGUGGGAUUGGGGUCUUCGGCGGCGGACUCAGGGAAAGGGAAAAGCAGAGUGGACAAGCACGUCACCCAUGGCUACCACCUGGUGAAAGGCAAAUCGCACCACCCAAUGGAAGAUUACAUCUUCGCCGAGUUCCGCAAAGUCGACGACAACGAGCUCGGCCUCUUCGCCAUCUUCGACGGCCAUCUCAGCCACACGGUUCCAGACUACCUCCGCAACAACCUCUUCGACAACAUCCUCAAGGAGCCCAAUUUCUGGUCGGAGCCGGAGAAGGCGAUUACCACGGCCUACCACGUGACUGACACCGACAUCUUGGAUAAUGCAGGGAAUUUGGGGAAAGGCGGUUCCACGGCGGUGACUGCCAUUCUGAUCAACUGUCACAAGCUGGUGGUUGCCAACGUUGGGGAUUCUCGGGCUGUGAUUUCGAAGAAUGGCGCGGCCAAGCAGUUGUCGGUAGAUCAUGAGCCCGGUUUGGAAAAGGAAGAGAUCGAGAACCGUGGUGGCUUUGUCACCAACUUCCCAGGAGAUGUUGCACGAGUCGAUGGACAAUUGGCAGUGGCGAGAGCAUUUGGGGACAAGAGUUUGAAGAAGCACCUAAGCUCAGACCCAGACGUCGUGGUUGAAAUGGUCGGCGAUGACGACACCGACUGUAUCAUCCUAGCCAGUGAUGGCCUGUGGAAGGUAAUGUCGAACCAGGAAGCAGUGGAUGCUAUCAAGGGCGUGAAGGACGCUCGUGCAGCGGCCAAGCGGCUCACUGAUGAGGCACUCAAUAGGAACAGCUCAGAUGAUAUUUCUUGCAUAGUCAUUAAGUUCUAGGCUCUUAUAAUUUCAUCCCAUGUAAGAUUCACUUAUCAGAAUCUCGUUUUAGCUCUACUAUUGUAUCCUGUUAGCUUCUGGCUCUCUUUUCUUUCAUGUUUUUGUUUUUCUAGGAACUCUACUUUGUUCUAUAGUUGAUUGAAUGUUUCUGCUAAGUUUCUUGUUAAUUCGGGGCAAGUCUGUAAUUUCUGUAUAGUAUGAAGCACAAACGAGAGUACAGCGAUGUUUCUGCAAUUUUGUGCAAAUCAGAUCCAGAGACCAAUUGACAAAAUGUGAAACCUAGAGAACAAGCAUGCCAAGGAACUUCAACCAUCAAAGAAACGACAGAAAUGAGGUGGAUGAACAUAAACCCAUCCAUCAACCGUUGCUCUAUUCUUCUAAUCCUCUGCCCAUGAAAGACCAAAUAAGAACAAUUUGAUCAAUGGCAACA